AUGUUUUGCCCGUCUCCCGUGUUCCACGACAUAGCUGACUCUUCCGAAUGGCCUCCUCAGGCUCAAGAAGUUGCUCUUCUGCUCUCCCAACCUGUUCCAGAGUAUAUCUCUACCGGACCGUGGCCUUCCGUCUCCCCGAUAGCUACUCAUCUCUUGGACGAGCUACGUCAAGAUACACCAUACCACGAAGCUUUAAAGCACGGCGAUCAAUUCGUAUCGCGUGUCCAUGAGGUGUUCGACUUAGUCUUGUCUACUGUGGCGGCUCUUCGUGAACUCGAAUCUCUCGAGGACUGUGGCCGACCUCGGCCGACGGUUACUCUGUGGUCUUCACUCUUCAAGGGAAUCGGAAUGGCAUGCUCACCAGAUUCUUGCUACUUGAACGGAGCAUCGUUCGUUCUACCACGGGUACCCCCACGAUCGAACCAGGUCGUAUUCGAUGGUGUUGCAACUGUCCUCAUCUCUCACGUCGUGGACGAAAGCGGAUUUUCUCCCUCCUGCUCGCCAUUGAACGCCAUGGAUGUCGACGCACCCUCCGAUGGCACUCGGUCGCAGUCCGACGACACAGAUGGAUCGUCCUCACGUAACUCCAUGGAUCUCUCUAUUGACCGCACUCGCUCUACGGUAGACUCUGAGGGCGACUACGCCGACGAGGAUCAGGAGAGCACCGACGAAACCUCCCAAGAACUCAGUGGACCGUCUAUCGACGUCCCUUUCGAUGCGCAUGUGCUGAGCGGGUCCGGCCGGCGAUCUUUCGUCGUUUUGCCUAUGAUCUGCGUGGCUGACGCGGACAAUAUCCGGUCCCUGGUGACUAGUGUCGCAUAUCAGCGACGCGUCUGGGAUAUCGAUGAACCCGUGGUCGGCUUCGAGAUCUCGAAGUUUGGCACUGUAGCCCGUAUUUUACUGGCAUGGGUCGGCACCGAAGAGGAUGGUGACUGCUUGCCAGCUGUGCACAUCGCGUGUGCCAGUACACAUUCUAGGGCAACAAUAGGGAAUUUUGAUCUCACGGACACACGAUCGGCACUCACCCUAGCGCAGAUUGUACUCGGUCUAGAUGCGCACUGCCAGCGGAUAGUGUCGAAGUCGAAGCAUCGACCAGCUAUCGAUGCGUAUCACUGGAGAUCUGACUAUGUGGACGAACAUGAGGAUCAGUGUGACAAUGGUGAUCUGGGGACAUGGGUAGCGCAUUGGGCAAGAACGAUCGAUACGCGCGGCGAAGGAGGCAACAACAAGGCUGAGAUUGACCUUUCGACUUCACCCGGAUUGGAGAUGAGUAAACUACCAAGCAUCAUCGAAAGCCCGGGGAAACCCAGGACUACUGAAAGUCGCGGUCGAUCUGCUACGCGUGGUCCGACGUCUCAGACGGGAAGUGGCUCUAAAACGUCUCGCACCGGUGUAGAGCAAGACAGCGUGAAGUCACAGAGCCUGAAGGAAGAGAAGGCCUCGCAGAAGUCGGAACCGAAGGGUCGGAAAAGCAGAAGUGAAUCUGCCACGCGGACCGAUAGAUCGAGUUCCAGAUUGGCGAGGACAACUUCAGUUGCAUUUGACGGGCCAGUGACACCUGCGACCUGGCUGUUUGAGAGAAAGGCUUUCCCGAUUGGUUUGAUCAAGUUGCCUGAUGGUGCUGAAGAUGCAGACGAAAUCAACGAGAAAAUUGAUGUAUAUAACAAGAUUGUCGUUGAAUUUGCUUGGCCCAGUCGAGCGUGGUCAACUGUGGAUAGAAUGCCACCGGUAGACAAAGCUGUUCAAAAGAUUCAGAGGGUCUUGUUCGAAACCUAUUUGACAUUUGCGCCGAAUCAGAAACCAGCCAAAUUAGAUCCGUCGCAUCUGGCCAUCCUAUCUAGUCGAUUCUCUACCAUCCUCUAUGCAUCGGCGGGUGCCUACGGCCGCCAUGCAGCCUUGUCUGGUCUCCCCGUUAAUGAAGCUGAGGCGAGAUAUGAUUGGGACAAGAUGCUUCUGCAGUUCUGUGUCCCAGAUUCUGACUGCGUUGUUUCGCCGUAUGUUCUGUUUGAACGAGAACUCACCUUCCCAAGAAAUAAAGCGGUAGAUUUUUUUCUUGAUGGUGACAACUCUGCAGAGAUGCAGAAGAAUCUGGCUGAAACACAGACAAGUUUGGCUCGAGCCUACCAUGAUCAUUGCCUUACAGCGCAAAGGCCAGCUCAUGAUUAUAGCCUGGAUGCUCAAAAUCAGGCGGAUGCAGCAUCCACUCAAGCUUUGCAAUUUUUUCUUCAGCUCAAGUCGGUUUCUGUCAAACCUAGCAAGAUGCUUGACAUUCUCAGAAAUCACGCAGCAUCGGAGCCACUCAGGGGCAUAUGUGAUGCUAUUGUGGUCAGCCAUAUUGUGGAUACUUUGGACGGUAAGAACUCCCCAGCAACUCAGAAGUUUCUCAAGAAACAGGCACUCGUGCAGCAUACCUUGACGACGCAACCCAAGGACAAGGACAGGUCAUCUGAUGAGUUAGCAUCUCAGCCUCCUUCGCAACCGUCAACGGGAACACCGGUGGUUCGAGCGAAGAAAACAACCUCGCGUUCUCGGGUAGGGGCCGCGGAUAACGUCGACUGGCAGAAACGCGUGGGUGAUCCGUUCGUCAACUCCUGCAGUCCGUUGGUUUUGCAGGACCCGACCGACAGCGACGACAGACCUCGGGACCUGGAUCCCGAAGCGAUUACAAAAGAUCAGUUGUUACUACCAGUGUUGGUUGUGGAAUACAAACGCUGGAAUGAGGACCCGGCGAAGUCCCUUAACCAGGGACGGUUCUACUGCGUGGCUUCAGUCACAUUCCUCGCGGUGCUCGGCAUCGAGGGACACCCGGUCUUCGCGCUGGUCACAAAUGGGGUGGUGGGCGCUGUUCUGCUUUCGUGGCAGUCACCGCAAACAAAGAAAAUAUAUGUCAUAGAACGGAAUGUCUGCACGUUCGACCUCUCCAGGCCUCUCCAAGCAUUCCACUUCGCAACAUUCCUCAUCCGGCUUCGCGAGCAGCACGAGAAGUUGCAGGCCCUCUUUGAGGCCAAGAAGACAGAAUUUAAGGCAAAGGUAUCUGCGGAGCAAUUCGAGGAGUGGACGAUGGCAGCACAGGAUGUGCUAUUGAAGGCUCAACGGGCGGAGGCUGAGGCAACCGUCGGUCCCGGCGACGCUCAGUCUGCUGCUAACGACAUACCAGCGGAUACCUCUACCAGGGCCUGA